UUCCACGCGACCAGUCGCCAGUUGCAUGUCAGACGCCCUGCAUCGCAUGCCAAUCGGGUCCAUUGGCUCGUCUUUUAUCGUGCGUCUUCACCGGUGUUAAUUCGUAGUGCCAAAAACCACAACGGUAGUUUACCUCUACCUUGCACCAGUGCUCCUUGACCAGUAUUCCCACUCCGUCGAUUCUGUGCCUAACUAAAAAAUUCCCAUGGUCUGUGUUGGAUUUUGUUUGCACCUGUAAACAUAGUUUUUGUGAUCGGCUUCGCUCCUACAAUCGCCUCUUUUUAAUCAAUUUUGAAACCAAGAUUCACAUGCCCCUAAGCCUUAAUCGAAAACUGCAUCCACCCAUUUCCAAGUGUUCUCAGUGCAUUUCUGGUCUCUGUCUGUGUUAAGCUGUUUAGCAGUCGACUUUAAAGUCACGUGUAUUUAUCCCGGGCUCGAGGUAAGCGGAAAUACAUUCUGUACGGUUUACUAGAAAUUGAAUAGUUGCUCAAAAAGUUGCCAUUAAAAGUGAGAUUUUUGGGACAUUUUUCAAGUGCACAAUUCAGAAAUGCUCUCGCGCUUACGAACCGAAAUUUUCCCCGAGGCUGUGGAGGCCGAAGCCUUUGGACCGGACGUGACGAAAUUCGUAAGUUUCGAACCAAAUUCAAACCGCGGCUCCGACCAGUUUGCCUCAGAUGUUAUGUUCGGACAUGUCACCGUAGAGAAGAAGAGCGGCGAGCGACUUACAGAAAACGUCGUCAUAAAAAUCCAACCAUCCGCCGAAAUAGCGCACCUAGUUUUCGACUGUGACGCGCAGUUCUCCAACGAAAUAUUAUUUUACACAAAAAUUAUCCCCGCAUUCCGUAAGUACGACAGCGAUGACAUCCUUUCGACCAACUUUAGUAAAUUCAUCUACGGGAAAGCCACCUGCGGGAAAAAUCCGAAAGAUGACAUCAUAAUCCUAGAAGAUAUGACUGCGAGAGGUUACAAACUAACGGAGGAAAGACUUGCAAUAGAUGAAAAACACAUUAACCUAGCCUUAGAUAGGAUAGGGAAAUACCACGCACUGUCUUUCAAACUUCAGGCGGAGGAGCCUGAAAAGUUCCAGGAACUGAUCUCACAGAUCAAGCCAACGAAGAGGGAUAACGACGGUUCUUUCGUCCCGAAGAAUUUCCUCACCAUGACGACUAUGCGCGGGGUGAAGCCUUUGAGAGAUGACCCCAGGUAUAAAGAUAAAUUGGAGGAUCUCUGCAAGCAUUUUGAGAACGCCACAGAAUAUGCGGACAAAUACCAGGAGCCCUCCGAAUCUUUGAAUGUGAUCACUCACGGUGACUUUUGUAGGAAUAAUAUGAUGUUCAAGUACAAAAAUAACGGAGAGCCAGAUGGAGUGGUGUUUUUCGACCUGGCCACCAUUAAAUACUGCUCACCGAUCGUUGAUCUCAGCUUUUUUCUGUCACUGAACACAUCGCCUGAGACAAGGCGGCUGCACUGGAACGAGUUUUUGCAAAGGUAUUACGGAGCGCUAUCCCAGCAGCUAGACGGGCACUCGGCCAGGCCGUCUUUUGAAACCGUUGAACUGGAGAUGAGGAGGAGGGGAGUCUAUGGAUAUUAUUUGUGCUCCUUCUUUCUACCGUCCAUGAUGCAAACUAAAACCAUAGAGGACUGGGAUAAGGAAGCCAAGGACGAGGAAUUCAGUGAGGAUAGGUUGUUGCAAGAAGGCGGACCGCAAGCCACUGAAAGUCUUGCAGACUUGGUCAGGCACAUGUUGGACACAAAUUACAUCUUUGAAGUCUAAGUCUUUCUGUGAUAGCUGACUACAUAACAGAGAGCCCUUGGAUGGUGCAAGCAAACUUCAGAGAUGCUCCACGCAUCUUUUCUGCCUGUGAUUUCUCAUUCUUAGGCCGAACAAAUGAGUGAGAUGCAAAUCAAACUGUUGUGCGUCUGGGCUGCGUUUUAAUGCAAAUAUACUGAAAGGAAUGUUCGCUUGGUUAAGCUUGAACAAGAUAUUUUAGCAGAUAUGCCAAAAUAGUUCUCGUAGAUGUGAUGAGAUUGUUAAGAAGUUUUAUCACUAUGCCUCUAAGAGGCAUUAUUUUCUCGAGUCAUUGUUCUCUGUUUAAAAUCAGUCGAGGUCUUUUCAUUCUCGGCGAAACUUUAUUUUUUUGUGCGGUUAAAAUUCAGUCUGCUCGCACCUGUAGGAUUAUGAAUGCUCGUCAAAGUGCAUGACUGAAUCAAGUACUUAAAAGUGUAAAGUAAUUUAAAAGUGAUAUGAGAUUGUUCUUAUACAAUGUCCGCUCUAACAGAGCAAAGGAUAGUCAGAGAUGUAUGAUGUUAUCGGCAGGAAUUGUACUUAAUUGUUGAAAAAAAAAUAUAAUUACUUCUUUACCGAAA